AUGACUGAAGGAACUGGUUCGAGCACCCAGCCGCGGUAUGAGCCCGUCCAUUCAGACGAACAUGCUUCGCUUGAUCCCUUGCACCAUGAAGGAACCCCACUAUCCACAUUUAAAGCGGACAAUGGAAAGGACGAUGUCGCGGUUUUUGCCCUGGAGAGGCAGAGUACGAAGAUCAAACCAGCGGGUUGGCGUCUAAAGACAAUCCUCAAGAAAUGGCGCAUGCAAAUUGUCGCGGCGUCGGCACGCAAAAAGAAUCGCCAAGUGCCCAUCGUCAAAGAUCGACUCACGGCGGUCCUGGCAGCACUGGUUCAUCUGCCGGCGAUCGCUGGUAUCAUCACACUGAGCUUCUACAUAUUCAAGAACUACUACAUUGGUAAAGAGCUCGAAGGAAAACCUGGCUAUGAUGUUGAGAAGAAAUUGGGCAUUCAGCUCGCGGCGAAGUUGAUGGAGAUGUUCAUCGUGCUAUCUCUCAACGCUAUCGUCUUCUCUAUGAUUCGGCAUGAGUUUACCAUUGGUCAGUCUGUGCCUUAUGGUGCUCUGGUAGCAGGCCAACAGAUUUCCGAGAUUAGCUUCUUGUGGUCUGAGGAAUUCUUUAGUAUCCUGAAGGGGAAGUUCUCACAGACUUGGAAGAAAAUUGGUUUCAUUAUCACAGUCUUUGUCUGCACCAUCAUGGCAUUGGGAGCUUCUUCUCUCAGCGCUGUUGCGAUGAUGCCACAGGAAGGUGACUGGAGAGCCGGCGGAAGCUUCGUGUACUACAACGGUACCCGGGACGAGAUGUUCCCGGCUGUACUGACAGAAGACCACACAAUUGGUUCGGCAUGCAACGUCACCGGAAACGAGCUGUGCCCCUCUUGGCAGUGGGAUGUUAUCAACAGCCAGCUGAUAUCGAAACUCAGACUGUCUGGUGAAGUUAACAAUGGUCCGUUCGUCAGAAGACCACCAAACGAGAUCAUGCUAGCUGGCCAUUCUUCGACACUGGUCAAUCUGGUGGUUGAUGUCAGAGAGAAGUGGGUCAACUUAAACAGUCCUAACCACACAGUUGCUCGAAUGCCACAUCUUGGACCGGCUGAGGCUUGUGUCACAACGUCGCUGCAUUGGGAACAGGCGGCCGAUGACUCGGCCAAGAGGAAGCAAACUAGGUUUAACAACGGCCAGAAGAUCUCGCAUAAACUUAGUGCGCCUAUGCCUAUUACCAACACCAGAUGUGAGCUGACGUCUGUAAGCGACAACAAGACGAAGACAAUACUAUUUCCUGACUUGGUCACCUUUCCUCCCACGACGUUGGAAGUCGAAAGAGACUUCCUCAGUGAUUGGCUGUCGGAUGUUCUUCCUGACUUGAGGAAACCUGAAGUAUUAUGGUUUGACUCUGGGCCAGCUAUCGCGAAUACUUCUGUUGGUGUAGCCAUAGCUGUGCCUUCUAGCAAGUCGAGUCAAGCAGCUGAAAUCUACGGAUGCAUGAUCGAUGCAAGAUGGAUCACUACAGACUUGAGCGGCGAUGCAGUCGCAAUGACCAGCAAGGGAUACCCUCCGUUCUCAGGUGCCAUCGCAACAGCACUUGGGGGUUCAUGGAUCGGUAGCCCAGGCUAUGGCCAGCGCGUUCAUCUUGCACCCAGCUUUGCCAAGUAUCUCAACCCGUUGGACGAGAGAGGUAAUAGAACUGUCAUUCACGAAAUGCUUCUCAACAGCGGUGUGUGGACCACCGACGGCAAAGGAUCAAAUUCUACGGCGCAUUUGGAGGCGAUUCUUGGCGGACUGGCAGCCAAUGGCUUGGCUCGUUCAAACCCUAAUAUUACCGCCAUCACCACGCUGGCUGAUCCAGAUGGCGAGUGGUGGAAGAGCUUCAUGCCACAGGAUGGCAAAGUGUUUGGUCCAGGCGGAAGUCCCUAUGCUGUGUCGAAAGAAGACACAGAGCGGUUCUUCAAGACUGAGAUGGAGACGUGGGUGACUGGUUUUGCUUUUGCUGAUAACAGUCUGACCAUGAGAGGAGCCAUGGCCGUAUUCUACGUCUAUGCACUUCUCGUCAUAGCAUACUCUGUAUGGUCCAUCUGGUCGGGCAUCACAUCAUCUUCAUGGGAAUCUGUGCCCGAUCUUCUCGCUCUUGCACUUGCAAAUCCAAAUUCAAGACCCGACAAAACAAAUUUGGAAGGUAGAGGUGCGAGUGUCAUGAGGGAGAACUUUUGCAUCUCGGCAGAUGGAAGCACUCUCAGACUCAGGGCGACCAAUGGAUUGGUGCAUCCUGGAAACCGGGUUAUGCCUAAUAGAGCUUACGAUUGA